AUGACACGAGAUAUAAUGUUAUCUCUAUCAUGUGGCUCUCUCUUUCUCUCUCCUGUCUCGUUCUCCCAUCUCGAUUCCCAGCUACCACAUCACCAGCUCCACCGGCGAUUAUCCUACACCACCGAUCCUGACCGCGCCGCCCUUUCCUUCUCUGCUGUGCCCCCGAUCAAAGCGGGCACUCCCCUUUCGGUUCCUAGUCUCUCUCUCUCUCUCCUGUCUUGUUCUCCCUUCUCUUGGUUCCCAGCUACCACAUCACCAGCUCACUUUGCGGUCAAAGAGGUGGAUGUGGGACUGGUCGCGAAUCUCGGAACACUGCAGCGGCUUCCCAAGAUCGUCGGCUUUGGCAACGCCAUGGAUCUCGCGCUCACGGCAAAGGCGAUGGGGCUCGUUUCCAGGGUUUUCGCCGACCCGGCAAAGAUGGACGAGGGCAUCUUCGACCGCCAAGGGUAA